AAGUUAAAACCGAGAAAUGACGGCCUGGCCGAUUAGUUGGAUUGACUGACGAAUUUUCGUGUUUCUGUUUCUUUGCGGUGCGAAUGCGUAUUAUACGAAAGUCUUGGUAUUAGUUUGUGAUAAUUUGUGGAAUACCGCUAUUUGUUUAGAGCUGUGAGAGAGAAAGGGAGGAUUAGUCUAAAUGCCGUGACGAAAGUGGUACGAAGAUGAGCAAGAUGUCGAAGAAUAAAUUGAACCUGACCCUCCCACCAGGGUCAAUAGACACGGCUCCGGCUGUAACACCGUCUAACAUGACGCCCCAGCUGAAGUCUGCCACUGCUUCAGAACGGCAAGGCUUAGCUGGGAAGUCCAAAACAAGCAUUGAAGCCCUGACAGAAAGACUGGAGCAGAUAGAAAUGGACGACACCCAACGUCGCAGGAUUGAAGUCUUCCUCUGUCAGAAGGAGAAGAUCGGGGAACUCAGUGACGAUGAUUUUGAAAAGCUUGGCGAGUUGGGUCAAGGCAAUGGUGGAGUGGUAAUGAAAGUCCGCCACAAAUCUACCGGUCUCAUCAUGGCACGUAAACUGAUACACCUGGAAGUCAAACCAGCAAUCAAGAAACAGAUCAUACGAGAACUGAAGGUUCUGCACGAAUGUAACUUCGCACAUAUAGUCGGGUUCUACGGAGCAUUCUACAGUGACGGAGAGAUUUCAAUCUGUAUGGAAUACAUGGAUGGUGGCUCACUUGAUCUCAUACUUAAAAAAGCUGGUAAAAUUCCCGAGUCGAUUCUAGGCACAAUAACAUCAGCGGUCCUCAAAGGUCUGAGCUACCUUCGAGACAAGCACGCCAUCAUGCAUCGGGACGUAAAACCAUCCAACAUAUUGGUCAACAGCAAUGGAGAGAUCAAGAUCUGUGACUUCGGCGUCUCCGGUCAACUGAUUGACUCGAUGGCCAACUCCUUUGUUGGCACUCGGAGUUAUAUGUCUCCGGAGCGUCUCCAAGGCACGCACUACUCAGUCCAGUCAGACAUAUGGUCACUAGGGUUGUCCCUGGUGGAGAUGGCAAUAGGGAUGUACCCCAUCCCACCGCCUGACGCCAAGACCCUAGCCGCCAUAUUUGGUGGGCAGAACGAAGAUCAUUCUCCAGGACAGGCACCAAACUCGCCGCGCCCGAUGGCGAUCUUCGAGCUGCUGGACUACAUAGUGAACGAGCCACCGCCCAAGCUGCCUGCGGGCAUCUUCUCCGACGACUUUAAGGACUUCGUCGACCGCUGCCUCAAGAAGAAUCCUGACGAGAGAGCUGACUUGAAGACUUUGAUGAAUCACGAGUGGAUCCGGAAGGCGGACGCGGAGAAGGUGGACAUAGCGGGCUGGGUGUGCAAGACCAUGGACUUGAUGCCUUCCACGCCGAACUCUAACGUGUCUCCUUUUUCUUCAUAAGCUGCAAGAAGUGCAUACUUUCAUCAGCGAAAAAGGGUCAAAACAUUUCCCAAGAGAAAGCGGGCGACACGAUAAGUGAGGACGCAGCCGCGGAGGAGUAGCCCGGAGCGAUGACAGCUGUAUGUCAACUCUAGCACCAUUGUACACACACGACACUUAUAUGAGACUGGAGGCCCAACUGUCAGCGCACAAACCGAAGGAGUUUUACCUUGAAGAAAGCUCGUUGGCAAGUCAAUACUUUCUUACGAAAUGACGUCAUCAAACUGAAUGAAUUAUAAAAUACAUACGUAGAUAAUCUGACGCCUAUUUCCCGCCUGAUAAAAAAAUAAAAAGGCAUUUUUUGACUUUGACGGGAUUCUGCUAUGAUCUGAUACAAUAGGCCUCAGUGCUCUCUAUAUUUUGUCCAGCCAAGUAGUUAAUGCCGUCUGCGGCAAAUAUACUAUAAGUAAAUUAAAAAAAAAGAUUUACGUGAGAUAACUCAUCACUAAAUGUUCGUAAAAAUCACGUAUAAAAAUCGUUUAUAAAGAAAGGUAUUGACCUAGGCAAGUGAAGCUACUUUCAAGGUGAAAUGUUCGCCUUAUGUGGUUUGUGUAUUGCCUCAAGUUUUAUGUAUAAGUUUCUUGGUCGCACCUCAACUCCGAUCACAACCGACCGGCGGACCACGAGCCAUCGCGACUAGCGCGAUACCCUCUUAUAAAUAAUUAUAAUUUUACAAAAUAAACGUCAUAAUUCAAUUGUCUAGAGCAGCAUUUCCCAACUAUUGGUCGCGACAUUUUAGCGGGUUGCGAGUGAAUGUCGGGUCGGCAUAGUGCUAGUGGCGUCAUCUGGAGGAUUUUGGAAACGGCCGCGCAUUACGAAACUUAAAUAUUAGGUUCUUAUAAAGAACAAAAUAUUGUAUUAGAAUGAUUAACCCCUGUACUAAAGUGUUACGUUUUAACAUGAGGGUUAGAUCAGCAAAAAUAAAAAUCCUGUCGUAGGUUUCAUCACGCGCCGCCAUUUUCCUUAAUCCGCCAGAUGGCGCCCGAUCAAAUAAGACAUCGUCUAAGUAGUUCCGCUACUUGCCGUAAGGGAACGUGCAUCACCAAUAGUUAUGUUUUAUCAUUUUUUAAGACAGUUUCGAAUUUCGAAGUGUUUGGGUCGCGGUCCAGUCAAUAUUGGGAACUCCUGGUUUAGAGAAAUAAUAAAGAGAAUGAAUAACGCGGUAGUAUUGUAUAAUGACAUCAUUGGUACUAGUUCGUUGUGUCCAUAGACAAAGAUGUCUUUUGUGUCUAUGGCUUGUGUUAGAUGGUUAGGGAUGUUACGGAAGGCUUAAAUGUUUUGGUUUAAGACAAGUAUUAGUAGCCGUUAAAGUUCAGUAAAUAAAUUAUAUAAUUGAAGCGUAGCUAUGUAGUGAAACGUGCAUGACGAAAGUAUCCAUUUGUAGAUGUUCAUAUACAUUUCCGUGGCAUCUCUAAACUCAAACUUUAAAAGUAAGUCUGAUGAUAUUUUGAGGGAAUCGCGCCAAAAGUAACCCAUCAACACAUUUCGAAACAUUAUCACAAACCUGUCAUCGAAAACUCAAAAUUUAAAUUUAUAAUUUAUAGAAUUGGCUAAAUUAAGGUAAAUUUUUGUAGGUUUACAAUGUGUUUACGCUACAGGGAACGAAAUAAGUGUUUGCAUCGAUAUUAGAGUCGGGAGCUUCCUAUCGUAUACUAGGUAUACGAUACGAGAACGCUAGAGCAUGUCAUAAUACCGAGGGUGUCUGAAUAGAUAGGGGUAUAAUACUAAAACAUAGUGCAUUCGUGGACGAACUAAUCGAAACGAAACUUAACAACUAAUCGAUAAAUGGUCAAGUAGAGUUGAUUUCACUAGUCGAAAGUCGAAAAAAAAUGUUAGUAGUGUUUUGACAUAUUUUUCUUUGCUGAAAGUGCGUAAAUCAUGUCAGCUGGUACUCGUACGAAUAGAUUAAGCGCGACCGCGCGUUGAGCGCUGGAGCAGUCAAACGGUUUCACGGAUAGUCCUCACAGCCGUAGGAUUGUUCCAGAACUCCAAACAAAGGGAUCUGCGAUGUAAGUUACCGGUGUUUUGUAGUGCAAACAUGUUCAAAAGGCAUUUUCUGUAAGUAGCGAAUCCUGUCAUAUCGCGUUUAUUCUUCAUUACACUUAAAGUUCCUUAGAAAAUAAAAAACUUAUUAAUAUUAGUGUAAAAACGCUCUCACCUGAGAGAAUUAUGUGAAAAUAUAUUUAUUCAUACAUUUCUCUUAAAGUGUUCAUGUCGCCUAAUUGCAUUGCAAAAUACUGUUACCUUACUUAGCUGGCCCCGACCCUGUAAAAUAGAAAGCAUUUUUUAGACAUUACAUUAUGAAAAAAAAAAAGAAAAAAUAUAUAAUGAAAAACAAAAAAUCGUAGAUACGUUUUUCUAUUGACGUGAUGCACUAUUUUCGUUUGGUUUGUUGUGUUAGUUCGCUUGUUUUAGUAAGACCGCAUUUAGUUCGCCCUGUCCCAAGCACCUACUGUAGUAGUACAUUGUACACGUAUUUAUUCGCUGCAAUCUUUGCGCUUAGAAUGAGUGAAGAAAGACUGAGUUGCGAUAGAAAAGUGGAAAAUUCCCCGUCAAAUAUUCGAUGUAAAAUAUUUUUGUUUGUGUAAUUUCCAACUUUUAUUUUUGCGUUCUGCUCCGAUUUGAUUGUUGUUCAAUAAUUAUUAAUUACGAAACUCAUUGUUUCGUAUUAACCUUGAGAUAAAACGUAACAAAUAUAGUUUUUCCUGACAUGUUUCAGAACUAGUAAAUAAAUAAGAAAUAUUGUCAAAUACUUAUUAUGAAUAUAAAUGUAAAUUAAAUUUAUAUUUGAAUUAAAUAAAUCUCUCGGAGCAAAUAAAUAGAUGCAAUUGAGCGCUUUCAUUCGCGUGGCUUUAAUAUUGAUUUUAAGUUUGCUCACACGAUUCCUGCAUGUAAAUAAUGUCGUGUUACGCUUAGUGGUCGCUAUUGUUUGCUUGAUCUUCCUUUCCGUAGCAUUUAGAUACAUUAACAUUAUUUUUAUGUUACCGAAGAGACUGUAAAAUAUUCAUAAAGAUCACGACGAAGACUUAGAUCGAUGAAGUAACAGAGACAUUUCUAUCAAAAAUUUCAAUUUUAUUUAGCAAUUUUAUCUUGCAAAAACUCAGAUAUAAAUUGUACUGUAAUUGUAAUUGCCCAAAUUGUACUGUAUUCAUGUGUUAUGUCUGAUUGUUGAAAUUUUAGUUCUGUGCAAUAAAGUAUAUUUGAUUUGAUUUGAUAUAAUAUGUUUAACAAAUAUUGCUGAUAUUUUUUACAAGAAGUAUAAACAUCGUUUUAUUUCGGUAACAUUUAAGUAAUUUUAUAUUUUGUGAUAUAAAAUAUGUUGAUGUGGUGUGAUUUCAAGUUCAGUGUUUCGCCUCUUUGGUGUAUUUAGCAUUUGAAAAGGUUUUGACUGUUAAGUUGUUAUUUCUGGUGCUUUGUUUAAAAUUAUAACUAAAAUAGUUUCGAUGAAGAACAAAAGUAUGUAUAUUUGUCGAUUUACAUUGUAAUUAAGUAGAUAGAGGAUUAUUUUCUAAAGAAAUCGUAUUAAAGUUUUAGUUAUCACUUGUUUAGUGUUAAGUGUAAACAGUGAUUGUAUUCCAAAAAAGUUGUAUAGUUUGUUACAGUUCGAAAAAAAUAUUUUAGAAUCAAAAAGUCAAAUAUUUGAAAAACAUUUUUGAUCGCUUGUACGAAUAGAGGCGACUGUGAAAUUUCGUGCAAUUGUAACACCAAACUGAUGUAAUGUUUACGUAAAAUUACUAUUUAACUAUGACAUAUUUUUAAGGGUUUGACUUUAGUAGCAAAAUGCAUUUUUUUAUUGUUUAUAAAUGACAUAAUACAUCAGGGUUGUAAGUAGGUUUUGAUUUUGUAUUUUAAAGCUCUUAAAUCUUAUAUUAUCUUUUUCAAUUACUCUUUGGGAAUUUCAAUGAGUAUUUCUGAAGUUGUUAAGCUGUUUUCUUAUUUUUUUAUAUUAUUUGCACAUGCAUGUUUUCGUUUAAGAAUAAUAUUUUUUGAUGCACAUUUUAUUUUUAAUUUCACAAUAAUAUACGAUCUCUUUGCAGCCAAGUCUUGUUGUUGCUGUCACGUCUACUCUCAGUUUAUUUUCCAUAUCUUCACGCUACACCUUUCUUGCGCGGUAGAUAGAACACGCACUGACCGUCAAUAGAUAUUCUUGUGUAUCUUCUAUAAUAAUCUUGUAAUCGUUAUGUAAUUGUCGUAGAAUUAUUCGCCUGUAAUCAUGAUUUUUAAUGUUGAUCCUAAUAGGUGGAGUCGAUUAACCAUUUGUUUACCCGUUUCUAAACGUUUUUACGUUUGGUUUCUUCUAGAAAUAUACUGCAUAUUAUGUUAAAAUCUUAACAUGUUAUACAAGACGUAUCCCAUUUAAGACUGACCAUUUUCCACUGAACGUUGCCUUUCUAAAAAUUCUGAUUGCAAUAAGUAUUUUUAAAGUACUAUUUGCAAUAAUUUUAGUCUACCUAUAAGUCGGUACGUGGUAAUUCAAAUAACGCAUGGAACAAAAUUGCAAAUAAGUUUUAUAUUAUGAAUAAAUAUAAAAUCUAUGGUAUAAGAAAACCAGGUACGCUCAAUCCUAUGACAAGCCACCAUUGCUAGCCCUUUAAAUUGGUAUCUCUCAACAUUCCAAGGACGUAAAUUUUAUUAUUCAAAAUUGAGUGAAUUACUAAGUAAUGUAUUUAAUUACUAUUACUUGUCUCAUAUAAAAUCAUUAAAACUAAGUAAAUUUUUUACUAAAAGUUCAAAAUUUCCUUGCAAAGUAAAUAUAAAAAUAUUGGUCGUGGGUAAUUUAUUUUUUACAAAAUGGCAACGCAGGGUGGGAUGACGUUUAGCUGGGCUAACCUUGAAAUGUUAGCUGUCACUUUUGAGCAUGCCUUCUUCUUGUACCAUGAAAAUCCAUCUUCGAAUUUUUCAUUUGAAAAAAAAAACCGUUACAUUACCUAUAUUAUUAGUGUUAUCUAAAAUUAUUUAACCUGAUUUGCUAUUUUAUUGUUCAUGAAUUUACAUGUAUCGAUGUUAGUUAGUAUCAUUAUUUCUAUGAAUAAGUAUUCAAAUAUUUUGUACUUCUGAUUGUGGUCGUGACUCAGCUUGGCCUAAAUUUAAUGUUUCACUAUUUUGUAGAAACUUUACUAGUAAUUGUUUAUUUCGUUAGCUUCUAGUUAGAUACCUGUACAAAUAAAUGUUAAUGUAAAAUAGAAAA